CUUGUGCAUCUGCUGAAUGGAUGCAAUUCGCUUUCUAUGUUCCUGAAAUGCAUGACACCAUUAUGGUAGCUAUACCAUAUUCUGCAUAUAUAAAUGUCGGUGCUUAUUGCCUUCUUCUCAUGCCAAUCUCUUCUACACAACCACUACAAUGUCCAUAACCCAUUCCACUAAAACCCAAUCAACAAAUGAUGAGGAAGAGCUGAGUGAUGAAUUCAAGGAACUUCUUCUCUCUCUUCCCAAAGAGAGAGGUUGGCGAACUUCUCAUAUCUAUCUUUACCAAGAGUUUUGGUGCCAACCCAAGGAGAUUCAGGCAAUCAUCAAUUUCCAGCAACACUUCCAAGCCAGAGACUCUGACCUCAUCCUUGUCACCAUGCCAAAAUCAGGCACAACAUGGUUGAAAGCCAUGGCGUUUGCUGUCCUCAAUCGGAAGUCCUUCUCAAUCUCAAAGAACCAUCCUUUGCUUACGUCUAAUCCUCAUGAUCUUGUCCCUUUCCUUGAGUACAAGCUUUAUGCCAACAACCAGCUUCCUGAUCUCUCCAUGCUUCCUCAGCCAAGGCUCUUGGCCACCCAUGUUCCAUUUUCAUCCUUGCCAGCGUCUAUCAAGAAUUCCGACUGUCGGAUAGUCUACUGGUGCCGAAACCCUCUUGAUACUUUUGUAUCAUCCUGGCACUUCCUUAUGAAAGUGAGGCCAGAAACUCUAGGCCCCAUUUCCAUAGAAGAAGGCUUCGAAAUGUACUGCAGGGGGGCUAUGGCGUUCGGUCCCUUUUGGAAGCAUAUGUUGGAGUACUGGAACGAAAGCCUAGAGCCACCCAACAAGAUGUUGUUCAUGAAGUAUGAAGACGCCAAAGAAGAUCCUGUCUUUCAGUUAAAAAGGUUGGCAAACUUUCUAGGAGUCCCUUUUUCUUUUGAGGAAGAAAGGGAAGGGGUGGCUGAAGAGAUAUCCAGGCUGUGUAGUUUUGAGAACUUGAAGAAUUUGGAGGUGAACCAGACAGGCAGAUCCAUCGGAUACUUCGAAAACAAGAACUUGUUUAGGACAGGUGUGGUGGGGGAUUGGGUCAAUCAUUUAACACCUUCCAUGGCAGGCCAGAUAUUCCAAAUCAUGAAAGGAAAAUUAGCUGGUUCUGGCCUGGAAUUCAAGGUGUUUUAAUUUCCAGGACAACCAAUGAACAUGGCCUGCAUGCCAUAUCCUUGCUCUUUUAUUCAAUGUACUGCUAUAAGUAUGUACUAUGAUUAAUCUUAAUGUUGGAAAUUUCUGUGUC